GUAGAUGCUCGUAACUGUUGGAAUCGCAGUAUCCUCGCUCCUCCGAUCGAUCUUUGGCUUGUAAUUUCGUCGGGUGGCUGGAAUUUCAGGCUCCGUUAAUCUGCACUGAGAUCGUGUUAUCCAUCGACUACUCUUAACCUCGUCGUCUACGAUCAUGGAGGCCCUUAUUCCAGUGAUAAAUAAACUCCAAGAUGUAUUCAACACCGUUGGUGCUGACGCCAUACAAUUGCCUCAAAUCGUCGUUCUCGGAACACAGAGCUCCGGAAAAUCGUCCGUCAUAGAGAGUUUGGUCGGCCGAUCGUUUCUGCCAAGAGGGACUGGUAUAGUGACUCGUAGGCCGUUGAUUCUUCAGCUUGUUUAUGCCCCGAAGGACGACAGAGAGCAUAGAACAGCCGAAGAUGGAACGCUCAACCUUGACGAGUGGGGUGUGUUUUUGCACACUAAAAAUAAAAUAUUUACAAACUUCGAUGAUAUCAGGUUGGAAAUUGAGGCCGAAACGAAUCGGAUGGCUGGAUCGAACAAGGGAAUUUGUCCGGAGCCGAUUAACCUGAAGGUUUAUUCAACCUCGGUUGUAAAUUUGACACUCGUCGACCUGCCAGGGAUCACUAAGGUACCCGUUGGCGAUCAGCCCGAGGACAUUGAGGCGCAAAUCAAAAACUUGGUUCUGAAACACAUUUGCAAUCCAAAUUCCAUAAUAUUAGCCGUUGUAACGGCAAACACUGACAUGGCGACCAGCGAAAGUCUCAAACUGAGCAAAGACGUCGAUCCCGAUGGUAGGAGGACACUCGCAGUUGUUACUAAACUGGAUCUGAUGGAUGCUGGAACGGAUGCGAUUGAUAUCCUGUGCGGACGGGUGAUUCCUGUGAAGCUGGGGAUCAUCGGAGUUGUAAAUCGUUCGCAGCAAGACAUAAUGAAUAACAAGAGUAUCCAGGACGCUCUUAAGGACGAAGCUGCCUUCCUCCAAAGAAAAUAUCCAACUUUGGCAAACAGAAACGGCACUCCUUACUUGGCAAAAACCCUGAACAGACUUUUAAUGCAUCAUAUUCGUGAUUGCCUUCCUGAUUUAAAAACACGUGUGAAUGUGAUGGUCUCCCAGUUCCAAACACUUUUGAACUCGUACGGAGAGGAUGUGGGAGAUAAAAGCCAGACGCUGCUUCAGAUAAUAACCAAGUUUGCGAGCAGUUACUGUUCAACGAUUGAGGGAACGGCGAGAAAUAUAGAGACAACCGAACUCUGCGGAGGUGCUCGUAUCUGCUAUAUAUUUCAUGAGACAUUCGGACGAACACUAGAUUCCAUUCAUCCACUGGCCGGUCUAACUAGGAUGGAUAUUUUGACUGCAAUUCGAAACGCCACAGGUCCCAGACCGGCUCUCUUUGUUCCCGAGGUCUCGUUUGAACUUCUGGUCAAGCGACAGAUCAGGAGACUCGAGGAGCCUUCGCAACGCUGCGUCGAACUAGUUCACGAAGAGAUGCAGAGAAUCAUUCAACAUUGCGGUACCGAAGUUCAACAGGAAAUGCUUCGUUUUCCAAAACUGCAUGAACGCAUCGUCGACGUUGUUACGCAUCUUCUACGUCGACGAUUACCCACAACUAAUGCUAUGGUGGAGAACUUAGUCGCUAUCGAGCUUGCUUACAUCAAUACCAAACACCCAGAUUUUCACAAAGAUGCGGCACUAGUCUCUUCAUUAUUAAAGAAUGCAGAAGCGGAUCAAGUGAGACCCAGUAAAAGACAUAUAUCUACUUCUUCAAAUAUUUCUACAAGCAGUACAAUUCUACCUUCUGAACAAAAUCAAAAAGCAGUCAACAAUCGUGAGGAGCUACCGGUAUUUAAUAACGAACAAAGUAAAGAGGCGCAGGCAAAUCAUUGGCUGCUGAGCAACUUGCUGCCGCAAGUAAAGUCUGAAUCGAUAAGCGGCAACUCCAUCGAUGGAUCUCCAGUAAGAUAUAGGGAUGGAAGUCCCACUCCUAAUCCUACACCUAGCCCAAAUUCUGUUUCGGAUUUACAGCGGGGAUCGCCUCAGCAAAAACCAGUAAAUCUACUUCCAGAAGUUCCGAUGCAAACUUCUCGCAAGCUUAGUGAUCGUGAGCAACGUGACUGCGAUGUGAUCGAGCGUCUGAUCAAGUCGUAUUUUUACAUAGUAAGAAAAUCAAUUCAGGACAGCGUACCGAAGGCUGUUAUGCAUUUCCUCGUUAACUACGUUAAGGACAAUCUACAGAGCGAGUUGGUUACUCACCUGUACAAAACUGACCACAUUGAGUCGUUACUUAAUGAAAGCGAACACAUCGCCGUGAGGCGUAGGGAAGCUGCUGAUAUGCUCAAAGCACUAACAAAGGCUGGGCACAUCAUAAGUGAGAUUCGUGAGACACAUAUGUGGUGAUCAUCGUCACUAGUCGCAUGAGAAAUGCACAGGUGCAGAAAUGCUAGUUACAAAUAGGUAUAUCACUUGCGUCUGGACAUACGCCGGUAAUUGAUUAAAUUAAUGCCAUUUGCCUGUUGAAUCAAACGAUUCUGUUUUUCAAGCGGUUAUAUUCAAUAUCCUGAAAACUGCUCGAGUAUGCAAUUCAUAGAUUUGCAAAGUUUCAAGUUCUUCGCAUGCACGAUUUAAGAAAUCAGAUUACGGUAUCCGAGUAAAUGUCAAGGGUAUUUGUAAAAACAAAGAGUGAAAAACUUCGCAUGGAAAAUAGAAUCAGCUGUAUAUUUUUGUUUCAGGGAGCUUUUCUUUUUUUUUAUAUAUAUAUUUUUUUCCCUCCCCCCCCCGUCUUACUUAUUGUUAUCAUUCGUAGUUAUGGCGUAGUUAUUGACUGCAAUUUCGUGUGAAUUCUUACUUGGGGAUGAAACAUGAGUGUCAAAUGUAUAUCUGACAUAGGCAUCGAGGUAUACAUGUACAAUGGUAGUCGCUGUAUUAAUUAUUAUAUUUUUAAUUGAUUCUAAUUGUUAAUGAUGUUUAUUGUACUAUUGUAUAAAAAUGACGUAUACAAUUAUUACGAAAAACUAGGUAAUAGGAAACGCGCGCACGUCCCGGUAAUCAUGCAUUAAUUUUUAAACGGUUCCAAGUUAUAAAAAGCACGUCGAAUUCAUCUAUAUAGGCUAUUAUCGCUGUCUGUGUUAAAUUCUGAAAUUCUUUGUGAUUUAUAAAUUUUCAAAAUUUCAGUUCAAAUCUUUUUCCUGCAAAUUGGAAGAGAUCUGCAAACAUUUUUCGCGAUAUAAAAAAAACUAACUAUAACUAUCAUUUUAUGACCAAGGUAUUACAGCAAAAUUCGAAAUUUCGAAAGGCAAAUAUCGAUGGUUUUCCUUCUUUUUUUUUUAUUCUCUCUUAAAUUUGUUCAUGUAUGUACAUAAAAAGAGUUGGACAGAAGUUUGACUUUCUGCCACGCUUAAACUUUGUAAAUAUAUUUAAGAAAAACACAGUGAAA